CACACACAAAAAAAGCGCAGUUACCUGUUCCAGUUGGUUUAGGGCUAUUCGUGGUUCCCUCAAAAAAUGGGUGUUUGCCAACAAAACCAUGUGAUUUUUAGUGGCUGAGCCUCAUAUAUCUUGCAUUGUAUCUAUACAAGUGAAUGCUAGAUAAAACCAUUUGGCUAGACAACGGACGGAUGACAGCUAGCAGGAGUGCUGUCAGCAUUGCUGCAGAGAAUGAAGAGGUGGGGUGUCAGCCUGUUAGUGCUCAGACCAUACGCCGCACUCUACAUCACAUUUGUGUGCAUGGCUGUCACCCCAGGAGGAAGCCUCUUUUGAAGACGGUACACAAGAAAGCCCGCCAAACAGCUUGCUGAAGACAUGUCAACAAAGCACAUGGAUUACUGGAACCAUGUCCUAUGGUGAAGAACUCCAGCUUGUCAUGUCACUGAAAACAGCCAGGAGGGAGGAGGAGUUUAAACAAAGGCCCUCACCAUUAAAAGAAAAAAAAAAUCUGGCUUGUUGAGAGUAGCCGCUGUGUCUUGCUUUCACCUCUACGUGCUCCCAUUUCUUCCUCUGGCAAAAGAAAAGGCAACUAGAUCUACACUUAGAAACUGCUCAUAUGUGUGCUGCGUGUGCCUGCUCUGAACAAAGAUAAUUACUCAGGAAACAUUUCGGCCAAUCAGAUGCUCUGUUUCAUCUUGCCUGCACGGAGGGCAACCAGUCAGGAUCUGUCUAACAACACUGGGGCCUGAUCGCCUUGCCUGAAGAGCGGAGCCUUCCCCGACUGAGGGCUGAGAGUGUCCUCCAUGUUUUUUAAGUGUUGACAUAACAGUGUGUCAGACAGCCAUGCAUCCACAGAGUCUGGCUGAAGAGGAGAUAAAGACGGAGUCGGAUGUGGUAGAAGGGAUGGAUGCACCUGUACGAUCUAAAGCGCCCGAUCCACCGGGGUCAACAGAACGCUCCGUAGCACCAUUGAAGAGGAGAGCAUCGAGUCCCACCCACUCCUCCAAUGGACACUCUCCAUCUGACACCUCCCCCAGUCCGCUCAAGAAAAAGAAAAAGCCUGGAGCCAUGAACUCCAACAAAGACCAGUCAGAGCUAAGACAUGGUCCCUUUUACUAUAUGAAGCAGCCAGCACUCACCACAGACCCUGUUGAUGUUGUACCGCAGGACGGCAGGAAUGACUUCUACUGCUGGUUGUGCCACCGCGAGGGCCAGGUGCUCUGCUGUGAGCUCUGCCCCAGGGUGUACCACGCCAAGUGCCUCAAACUACCAGCUGAGCCUGAGGGCGACUGGUUCUGUCCUGAGUGUGAGAAAAUAACAGUUGCUGAAUGCAUUGAAACACAGAGCAAAGCAAUGACUAUGUUGAAUAUAGACCAACUUUCUUACUUGCUGAAAUUUGCACUCCAAAAGAUUAAACAGCCUGGGACAGAGCCCUUUCAGAAGCCCGUGUCCUUGGAACAGCAUCCUGACUAUGCUGAGUACAUCUUUCACCCCAUGGACUUGUCUACUUUAGAAAAGAACAUAAAGAAGAAAAUGUAUGGUUGCACUGAAGCCUUUCUGGCUGAUAUGAAGUGGAUCUUACACAACUGCAUCAUUUAUAAUGGAGGCAAUCACAAAUUGACAGCAACAGCCAAAGUCAUUGUCAAGAUAUGUGAACAUGAGAUGAACGAGAUUGAAGUAUGCCCUGAGUGCUAUCUGUCUUCCUGCCAAAAAAGGGACAACUGGUUCUGUGAGCCAUGUAGUCAACCUCAUACCCUAGUCUGGGCUAAGCUGAAAGGCUUCCCCUUCUGGCCAGCAAAAGCUCUUCGUGAAAAGGAUGGUCAGGUGGAUGCACGUUUCUUUGGGCAACAUGAUAGAGCUUGGGUCCCCAUCAAUAACUGCUACCUAAUGUCCAAAGAGAUCCCUUUCUCCGUGAAGAAGACAAAAAGCAUUUUCAACAGUGCCAUGCAAGAAAUGGAAGUUUAUGUAGAAAACAUUCGCAAGAAAUUUGGUGUUUUUAAUUAUGCGCCAUUUCGAUCCCCAUACACGCCUAACAACCAGCUUCAAAUGCUACUGGACCCUUCUAACCCGAGCGCUGGGACUGUAAAAACAGAAAAACCUGAUAAACUGCGCUUUAAUUUUGAUUUAACUGCAUCUCCGAAGAUGGUUCUUAGUAAAAGUUCCACACCCAGUGGUAUGAAUCGAAGAGUCUCCAUGACAGACAUACCUCGAUCACCGAUGAGUACUAACUCCUCUGUUCACACGGGGUCUGACGGGGAGCAGGAUACGGAAAAGACCGGUCGAAAUUCUGCCUUUCACUACAGCACAGGAGAGGAAUCCAUGGACUGCAGUGCAUCUCCUGUGUCAGGAAAGGUUGGUCCAGCAGGCAGUUUGACAGGCAGCCCCAAACCACUCAACUCUACCUUAGUGGCCAAGCAAGAAAGGCCUGCAUCCACAGGUGGCAUUCUCAAUCUGAACCUCGAUCGAGUGAAAGCUGAGAUGGAUCUGAGAGAGCUGAGCGAGAGUGUUCAGCAGCAGCAGCAACAACAGCAACAGCCGGGCUCGACUGCUCUUCCCACGCCAAAGAGAGCGAUAAGGAGCCUUGACAAGACUAUAGAAAGCUGCAAGGCUCAGCUCGGAAUAGAUGACAUUUCUGAAGAUGUUUAUAAAGGUGUGGAUCAUAGUGACACAGAAGACUCUGAUAAAUCUGACACUAGUGAUAGCGAAUAUGUCAGUGAAGAGGAACACAAGCCAAAGAGCUCUGCACAGGAAGAAAAGGUCAAAGUAGAUCGAAAGAGGCCCAAAGUAAAAACAGAAGCAGAGAAUAAAGACCCUUCUGGAAGGACUGGGGAAAAAUCCACCCCUGCAACCUUGAUUAAAGAGACACAGAGUAGCGAUGGACAAGAAAAUGCCCUUCAGGAAAAGCCUAGAGUGACCAAUACUCAGUCUCUCACUGACAAGCCGAAGGCGCCGGAGGAAGGGAGAACACUUAAUACAACAUCAAUGGGAGAACAAGACUCUGAUUCUGAAAGAGAGCUUGUGAUUGACCUCGGAGAUGAACACGGAGCGCGUGACUCGAAGAGGUCAAGAAAAGACACGAGUGGCUCUUCUACCAAAACCCCAAAAGAGACUAAUGCUGCCAAAUCGGAUGGUAAAUUAGCCAAUUCUACAACAGCAGUUGCUCCAGCUACUUCUACCCUAAAAGAUGGCUUGCAGACUGCUUCAUCUGCUCCCAAUGCCGUUCCCACUUCCACCUCUGGUCAGCCCAGUGGAGCAUCAACUACCAGCAGCACUACCAGUACGCCCUCCACUCAAUCCUCAUUUACGUCAACCUCACCAGCAGUGAAGAAACAGCGUCCCCUGUUGCCCAAAGAAACAGUCCAGGCUGUACAGCGAGCAGUCGUUUGGAAUCCCACCAAAUUGCAAAAUUCCUCUCAGAAAGGACAUAUACAGAAACAGCAACAAGCAGAGCAGUCAACUGCACAAGGUCAGGGUCAAAUACAAAGUCAGCAUCAGAAUUCUUCAAGUACCCGCUAUCAGACCAGACAAGCGGCUAAAGUUCAGUCAAAAGACUCAACUCAGACUACUUCAGCAUCAAGUAGCUCAUCUUCCUACUUGUCAGGAGACUUGACAAUCUCGACUGCUUCUGCAGAUGCAGCUGCAGAUAUAGCCAGAUACACAAACAAAAUUAUGGACUCAAUUAAAGGAACAAUGACUGAGAUAUACAAUGACCUUUCCAAAAACACUUCAGGAAAUACAAUUGCAGAGAUUCGGCGGCUGAGGAUAGAGAUUGAGAAGCUUCAGUGGUUGCAUCAGCAAGAGUUGUCUGAGAUGAAGCACAAUCUAGAAUUGACAAUGGCAGAGAUGAGACAGAGUCUGGAGCAGGAGCGAGAAAGGCUUGUAGCAGAGGUAAAAAAGCAGAUGGAUUUGGAAAAGCAGCAAGCUGUGGAUGAGACAAAGAAAAAACAGUGGUGCGCCAACUGCAGGAAAGAGGCCAUCUUCUACUGUUGUUGGAAUACCAGUUACUGUGAUUACCCAUGCCAGCAAGCCCACUGGCCAGAACACAUGAAAUCCUGCACACAGUCAGCUUCAGCGUCACAACAGGAACCAGAGGUGGAGCCCAAUCCAGACACUUCAAGCAAACCAACAGGCAAUUCCCCAGUCUCACAAACUUUGACUGCCCCAACAGGCGCAGCGGCCUCCUCUUCUUCCUCAUCCAUUUCAGACAAAGGCAGCUCUCCCACAUUUAUUGAGAAAAGCAAAGACAGUGCUGGGGUUACUGUGACUUGACUGUCUCUCUAGAUUGUGUGGCAUGUAUUCCAAGGCGUCUGUGGACUUUGCCGUGUCACACUUUGAGCUUCAAUGCCUUCUGUGUGACGUUUCACUUUUUGGUUUCCUUUCUCAAAUGCUUGGAGGAAAUUUUCAUGGAUUUUGCAGAUUCAUCACCUGAAAAAAUGUGGUCUUGAUAAAACAAGAGUGAGGUUUCUACGUUUCCAAACUGUAAAUUAGUUUUUGCUUUUACCACUUAAUUUCUUGGCUGAACAAGAUUAUAACUAACUGAAGAAUAUUUGUUACACUAACAUGUUUCACUGCUGCUCUUCAAAUGAGUAAUCAUCAUACCAUGCGAGAUGCUGAAACAGCAAUGAGUAAUUGAUGCAUUUUUUUGCGUCUUUUUUCCAAUCGUGUCCUUUUUGUGUCAGAGGUCUUUUUUUUUUUAUCCAAUAUUGUAAAGGCCUACAUUAAAGAAAAACUAUGAAAAAUAUCUUAAACAGUUAAGUGUAAAAAGUUUUUGUAAGAAGAUACAAUACAUAUACAAUAUUUAUUAUGUUUAUAAUGUUUUGAUUAAAUCAUAUUAUUUGUGUAUAAUUGGCCCAAAAUUACUCAUGUAUGUCAGUACUGGGUGAAGUCUUACACUUUUCCAAAGUUGAUGUAAAUUCUGGUAAGACUGUUUAAAAGUGCGUAUACUUGAAUAGAAAGUACGUUUUGACUGGUUAUGAUUACACGAGCAUGUCUAAUUUCAGUUUGUCUUGUUCAUGUUUACACGUUAUAAAUACAGUAAAUUGACUCAAG